GUUAAUCCUGACAGGCUAACACCUCUGAGGAAAUAUGACUCCAUGAGGUCAGAGGCAGAGGCACAAUAGGUUGCUGUUGUACAAGGUAAAUCAACAACAAAGCAACGAGCCAUGCUAACUUACCAAAGACCAUAUAAAUAAAUGGAUAUAUGAAGUUACCAUUAGUUUAUUGACUGUCAUUUUGAAGCACUUAAUUUGGCAGUCUGGCCGUCUAUGCUGACUUUCUGGAGUGAAGUUGGAGUAAAUCUAUAAGUAAACUUACUUCUGACUAGUCCACUCAUGACCAGCUCAGACAUCUAGGUCCAAACUAGUGAUUAAAUGUUAAUAAAAUAAUGCUGGAAUUUCAAUCUCUGAAAAAAGUCAGUGUGAACUUUAGAUCUUGACUUAGUAAAAACACGAGAGAACUAUCCACAAUAUUUUUGAACAGGGUUAAUUCUGCUUUUGAGUUGAGAACUGUUGGCUAAUGGGGUUUGAUUUGCUUUUUUGAUACACUUAAGCACAGAUUACACACAAAAACAUGGACUAAGUCCCAGUGAUGUUUCUGGAAGUGUUGAAGCUGCAGUCUCCAUCUUGGACUCCCUGGCUGAGUCAACUUAAUAUUCAGCAAAAGGGUUGUCUAAAGGAGGCAAAGAGUUGAAGUUGAGGCUGGCUCUUAGUGUCCUUGCGAACAGUUACAGUGUGUAUAACUAUCAGUCAUGUCACCCAUAUCUUAUAAUGCCAUACUGAUAAAACAAAGGUGUUUUCAUGUGUACAAAAAAUGAAAAAUAAUUUAAAAAAUCACUCCUUAACAGUGUAAAAAAGGUGAAAUCAAGUAUUAGGACUUACUUAUUAAAGAAAAUAUUGAUUUCAGUGGAUGUUAUGGUGUGUCUUUGUUCCCACCCUCAUUUUUCGGUGAUAGAGAUGACUGGCGUCCUUUACUGUUUUUGUAUUAAAUCUCUUGUCUGUGAGAGAAUUAAGCUCUUUGUGCACUUCCUUGAAUAGCUUGUAUUUUUAUGCUUAUUUGGCUAUUUUGACUUUAUAAAUAAAGCCACAGACAGUGCUUUUUUUCCUCCCAGAGUUCUGCCUUUAAAGGCCACAACUCUACCCUGAGGAGCCUAAAAGAACCUGCAGACACUACUCAGGGCAUAGCAAUGUGAUAACAAACAUGACAAACUACUGCGAGUUUCGCAGCAACUAUAUAAUUAUUAUAUUCAUAAUCAAGUGUGUUCAAUGUAAAUCAAAUGAAAGGCAACAAAGUAUACCUUAAGGUCUACUGCAUUUGCUGAAUAUGUGUCUUUUUAGUGUUGCAACACUUCUUAAAACAGUUCUCAGUGGUGGAUUUGCCUACACUUAAGACCUUUAAAAAAUGGCCUAAGAGACAGCUAUCAAGUGUUUCUUGAGAGCCACCGCAUUCUCUGUAUUCAUUCUCAAGUACAAGUCAAGUCAGUCACUUUCAUGGGGAAAACACAGAUCACUGCAUGUCCAUGAAUGAUGUAAUCAGAGGUUAAAAAUGGACCAUAGUGGCAAAUUAAAGAAAGAACAUUAAGUCCCCUAUGCUCAAAGAGAUAAUGAAGAUGGAUUCACUCAGGCGAAAUGCAGCCCCUGAUUGAAUUAAUUCCGUGUGAUGAUUCAAAACGUACCCAUCUCCACCCAAAGCUGUUCUUUUCCCGCUGGUUUGGCGGUUGAAAACGGACCCCUCGCUUGUGCGUUUGUAUGUGCGUGUGUGAAGGCUAUAUAUGUACGUGCGUUUUUGUACAACAGUGUGAGCGUGUGCGCCCCUCCCACCCCCAUUCCCCUCCGCGAAAGCCUCACUCCUGUAUAGUUUGGCACUGAGGAUCUACAGCCCGCCGAGGGAACGACGCUCAGGGAGGCUCGAGACACAAACCUUUCUGAAAAUGAGCGUAGAGAGAAUAUUCGACGAGCUCGGACAUUUCAAAAGGUACCAAAUGCUUUUAGACUCUGCUUAAAACUCAAUUAGUAACUUUUUAUCACUUACACUGUGAAUAAGUUCGUUGAUACUUAAGAUACUAUCCAGGUAGUUUUUGAAUAGUAACAUUAACGUACGAAUUUAUUUUUAUUCCAGCUCACAAAUGCGUUUUUGAAAACAAACAUUGGUGUUCACUCUUUUCUUAUUCAUUACAUUACAUUACUAAUAGUUUUAUACCGCACGGCCAUUAUUGAUGAUUAAGCAAGCCAAACCCUUCACACGUGGACAAUAAACGAGUGUAGUUUGGGUAUUUUAGCCGUUAAUAGAACUACGUCUCAUUUGAGUGUCAUGGUAACAGCAUUUUGUAUCACUUCCUUUUCUAUACAUUUAAACCUAAAAAGUGUUUUUUACCCUCCAGUUUGCCAAUUUUUAAUCCAUUUUAAGAACAGAAGUGGGCUAUAUUCAUUAGAAAUGCAUCCACGUGUGUUUGUAGACACCAUAUUGUAACGUUUUGUUGUCUGUGUUACUUGUCCUUUUGUUCCAAAUUAAACUAUACAUAGUUUUUUUCCUUAAACAUAUGUAACUCAUGUUUUAUGACACACAAAUAUAUGAUACAGUAUAUACACUACAGGCCAAAAGUUUGGAAGCAAGAUCAGAUUUGUAUAAAAAAGAUCAUAGUUUCAUUAAUAUACCUUGCAACUCAAUAAACAUGACUAUUGUGUAAAGAGUAACUUAUCAGAAGACAUUUUGACUAUAAUUAUUAGGUAUUUGCAGUAACUCUCUUUCGUCCAGGUCUUUUUCUCUCAUCAUAACUUUCAGGUUCCUCGAGUCUCUUCAGAGUGUAGUGGACUCCUUUGUUGGACACCUUUAGGCAUUUUGCAAUUUCUCUUUCUGUGUAUCUUUCUUUCCUCAAUGUACAAAUCUGUACUUAUGUUUCUUUACUCAGUUGCUUCUUUCUAGCCAUUUUUGUGGUAGUUUGAACGCAGUUUAGAUUUAUUAGGAUUUUUGUAUGCAGACUCUCAAUAGCCAAAAAGUUGAAGUGAAUAAUCCAACUGUGAUUUGUUUUUUUGCUUUUGCACUGAAGUUGUGACUCUUGCAAAUGUUUUCAACCCUAAAACUAAGCCAUUAUUAUCUUUUGCGGACAUAUAUUUAGCAAUGGUCUGUUAAAUCAAUGUAGGUAAAUGGAGUAAAAUGGUGCAUUUCCAUGAAAGCAACAUCUGAUAAUGGAGUAAAUACAUCCCAAAAUACAUAAAACUCAUGCUGGAUUUUAAAAAAAAACCAUUGUGAACAAAAACUUGAAGUUACUCCCAACUGUUCGGCCUGUAAUGGCCUUGCUUCCAAACUUUUGGCCUGUAAUGUACAUGAUAAGCCAGCUCCCCUUGCCAAAGCCCAGUUAAAUGUACUCAUCAUUUUCCUAAAUCAAAGCUGUUUGUGAUGUCUUUUACCCACAUAAAUAUACCGGUGAUCAUAAUGUAACUGAUUGCUUUGUUUCACUGCCAUGUCACACAUCAUUAUCAUUUCUUUAACUCUGAUGUCAACUUGUGUUCAUUACUAUACAUUGUCCCUCCCUCUAGGUUUCAGGCAUGUCUGUACUUUGCAGCAGUGUUCCAGGCCAUAGCCUGUGGAAUCCACUACCUGGCCUCCGUCUUCUUGGUGGAGACCCCAAACUUUGUGUGUGCCGGGCCUGAUAAUAUCACAGAGAUCCUGUAUGGGAACCUUACAGGAUCUAGUCUGAUGGACAUCCUGCCUGUUUUCAAGGCAGGGAAGGGGCCUCUGGUGGUGAGGACAGCUAAGGGAGAGCAGUGGGAGCUCAGCCAGUGCCGCUCCGCCCUGCGCAUCAACCCAGGAGAUUUUACUUAUGGCUUUGACGGCAACAAAACAGUGAAAGCCUGUGAUGGGAGCUUUGUUUACGACCACACAGAGGUUUAUCAGAGUAUUGUGACUGACUGGGAUUUGGUGUGUGAGAAAGAAUGGCUCGCCAAGCUGUGCCAACCCACCUUCAUGAUGGGGGUGUUGAUUGGAGCGCUGGUGUUUGGGGACAUUGCUGAUAGGUAAGUACUCCAGAAUGGAAGUGAAUUUACACUAUAUGGGAACCUUUUCUAUAGAAGACACACAAUGUUAAGUUUCACCAUAUUAGGAAGUUCUUUUCCCUUAUGGGAGCAAGACCCCAGCUUCCUUUUUAAAAACUCUAUAUGUCACCAUAUUAUGGUAGACAUUGUUGCAUUCCCUUAUGAACUCUAUGUUUUGCAUGUGCUUGGAGGAGCAGGUCUGAAUUUAGCUGCUGUUACUUCAUAAACAUGUAAGAAAGGAAUGAUGAGUGCUGUAAUCAGGAAGAAGUGGAUGAUGGGAUUGGGGUAAUAUCUGGGGACACUGUGGGCACAUCAGGUGACUUGGCAACAGCUGUUCCGCCAAGACUGUAGUAGUCAGCAUGAGGAAGGCAGACUUUGGACUGAUAAAGUCAGAGAGGAGGGCAAACUUGCUUUGAUGCCUGCCCAAACAUCUGAAUAAUAAAGGAUCUCACUUACAGGGUUAAUGUAGAAGAAGGUGAAGAUUAAGUGCAGAUGGAAGUGGUUAUUAUUAUGAAUGAGUUAAUCAUCAUCACUCAAGCCUCACUGGAUCUUAUAUGUUAUUAAUGUUUUUAUCCUUGGUUUUCCCCAUCAUGACUGAUGAUUAACUGCUUUUAUGCACAUGUUGAUAAAACUGUGGUCUAAAUAAUGUGCAGUUUACAGUUUACACAUUUCAUUGUCACUGAAGGAAAAAAGUGAUGACUAAAAUUUUUUGCCAUGUUAAAAUUUUACUAUUACCAUUUGUGAUCUCUAAACAUAUUUUCUAAGAAUAUAAGAUAUUUAAAGCUCCUGUGAAGAGUUUUUGUAAUGUGUAUGUAAUAGACAGAAAUCCAUAUUGAUGCAUUUCAGGGUAUGCAAAAAGUAAACUCAACUAUUAGCAGCAUGAUCAGUAUGAUUUCUACAUUGUAAUUUUUAACACUUGAAAUCAGCAAGAGGGGGUAGGUGUUUUGUUUCAUGCAUUGCUAACUUAAGCAUGUUAACUCUGUGUCUGGCAUUGCCCCUGGUGUGUCUUUUCCCCAGAGUGGGUCGUGUGAGGAUUCUGAUGAUCACCAGCCUCUGUCAGUUUGGGCUUGGGGUGGCUGUGGCCUUCUCUGGAAACUAUUACUUCUUUGUGGUGCUGCGUUUCCUUCUUGCCAUGGUGAGUCUUGCAUAUGUAUCACAUACUAUUAUAUGUAUUCUUGCUCUUGAAAUUUAAGGUUCUGCAUGUGUUCAAUUUCCUCUCAGCCAAUUACAAAAGUUUUCUUUAAAUACAUUAUGAACUCCUUCUUUCUGGUUAUAUUGAUGUGCUGUCAACAUCCAAACCAAAGGUGGAUGUUAGCUGCAGUUUCUGUAUCUGUACCCAUGCAGCUGUAGGUGUAUGUAUUCUGUUUUCUUUGAGAUCAGAUGUUGUGUUUAGGCUACAUUUGUUUAAAACCAUUUAUGAGGGUAUUUAACAUCAUAUCGGACAGAAUAUCGACUUGAUGAUAGUGUAAAAGCUUUGAAAAGCCAUUUAGGUCCAUAAAAAACAAGGGACUGUAAGAAAUUCAGGGGUUAGUAUUUGUGUCUGAGUGGAGUUAAUGUUAGGCCUUUAGGUAAACUGAACAUCAGAUGACAUUUCACAAAUCAAAAGUAAAUCAUAUACUGAAAUAGUCUAUAAUAAUAAUAAUAGUAGGCAAUGAUCAGAUGUGAGAACUGUAAGAGAAUUUCUUUAUGUAUCCACACAUUUGAAUUUCUGAUUAUGUAUUCAGUGUGUUAAAAACAUUUUUUUAAGGCAAAAGAGGAAGUCAUUACUGCUCCAAGCAGGCAUGGCAGUAAAGUUGUCCUAAAGUCUCCACAGUCGAUCCACUGUUUCACUCCUCUCCGCCUUCUACCAUCCCCCAGUCCUUCUCGGCUACAGCUGUUGUUUUCACAUAGAAUCAGACUACCAGAUAGAGGACACUCAUGCUGCACUGCCACACUUAACACAGAGCAGAGUCAGACGUAGAAGCAGACUUCCACGAACAUGGACCAACUGAGAAAACAACAUGGGAAUGUUUCAGAUGAAUUUACUCAUACUUAGACACUUAAGAUCACACUGUGUACUGCCUGUAAUAUGAACAGCAUGUACAUCUGGUACAAAAAGUUCUAUUUUUCUCCUUUAAAGCAAGACUUCGUCAGUAUUCCCAGACACAAUGAUCACUGAUUGUCAAAAAGUUUGCAUUUCAAAGAUAUAGAUUCAUCCUUCAAUAAUAGCUACAAGUGCUAAAUAUGAACUCCAAAGCAUUUAAAGCAUUUAAAAGUCAUAAAUACUCAAACACCACUGUGCUUGAUGUGAUAACGACACUGACCCCAAGAGCUUUUACAUGCAAUGAAACCAUUCACUGUUUAAACUACUACAAACUACAAUGAUCUUAAAACAUUUGUGCUGCUUGUUUCUGAGCUGUUUCAGCACGUUUGUUGCAAACUACCAAUGAGGUUUCCAAUUCCUGCAUCUUAAUGUUUCUCUACCUCCACUUUUUAGACUACUAGAUACAGUACACUCAUGCUGUACUGUCACUCUAUUUUUUUAUUUCCUUUAACUCCUAAGUUUCCUGAUUCUUUAAUUUGUCUUUUGUAUUUAUUGCUGCUGUAAAUUUGGAAUUUCCCCUUGUGGGACUAAUAAAGGAAUAUUUUAUCUUUCUUUCUACUCUGCUUCUUAAAUUCUUUUCUUUUGUCCUUUCUCCCUAAUUCUUUCCUUUAUCUAACUGCAUCUCUCCUUUCAUCAGGUCUCCAGUGGCUACCUUGUGGUGGUGUUUGUCUAUGUCACAGAGUACACUGGCAUCAAGGUGCGCACUUGGACCUCCAUGCACGUGCACGCUGCCUUUGCUGUUGGCAUCAUGGUGGUGGCUCUGACUGGCUACCUAGUUAGAGUCUGGUGGAUCUACCAGAUCAUCCUCUCCACCUGCACCUCGCCUUUCCUCUUCUUCUGCUGGAAAUUCCCUGAGACGCCCUUCUACCUGAUGGCAAAGGGCCGCUACAAGGACACUCAGACACUGCUGGACAGGAUAGCCCGGGUUAAUGGCCUUGAAUGCAGGAUCAGAGCAGAGGAGCUGCUGGAAAGUGAGGAGAAGGAGAAUGGUAGACCUCUGGUGGAGGAACCAGAGGAGAAGCAUGGGCAGUCUGAAAAGAAACUGUCGAUCCUGGAUCUGUUUGGCAGCUGGAGGAUGGCGGGCCGGACGUGCACAGUGUGGGCCAUCUGGUUUAUUGGAAGCCUUGGUUAUUACGUCUUCUCUUUGGGCUCAGUUAACCUAGGAGGGAACCAGUACAUUAAUCUCUUCCUUGUUGGUAAGUGAUUUACUGAUGCAAGUCACUGAGCAAAUGAAAGAGCAUGAAAACAGUGGUAACAGAUAGCUCAAUGACACUUUCUCAUGACAUUUUAGGUAGUCCAGUUAUGUGUAUGUUUUACUUUCACAUAUACUGUGCAGUUGUGUGUCUGUUUGAAUGCUUGUGCAGUGUGGCUGGGUAUUUUUUCAGAUAGCCUAAUAGCAGAUCCACCUCUCUCUAUGUAAACUGAGAUGACCCAAAGCUUAAUCCAGCCCUGUGUUCAAGUGAAGGAGGCUAUUGUUUUAACUGUUCAAAGAGUCUAAACUUUCACUCUACCUUUAGCUGGCAGUGUUAGAACAUUAUGAACUAUUAUGUUUACCGUGGGAUGAAUCUUUGUCAGAGGAAUAUUAUGACAUUGGGAAAGCAUUGAGAUUAUUUACACCCUCUGGUUUGUCUCUGUUUACAACUCUGUUUCCUGUACCACAGCAUUAAAAUGAGCCUAAGAGCAAGGAAAGCCAAAGCUCCUCAUCUAAAAGUUUCAUAGUGUCCCAAAGGUUUUUAUCUAAUAAAGAAAAUGAGCUUUGCACCGUAAUACAUGUUUUUGUGAAACAUAUCAAAGAUCGCUGUGCUGUUAAAUUAAAGUUGUUUUGAAAGUAUGUGGUUUUCCCAUGGGAUUUCCAUCUGUUUUUACUUGAUUUUUUGUUAUAAAUAUGACAUUAGAAGUAAGUACCACUUGGGAAUUACUACAUGGGAAUCAAGCACUAAAUGUUAUGUAUUUGUUGUCGUUUUUCUUAAUACUGCAAAGUGUUUCCUGUGAAGUAAGUCAGACUAUGUAAUACCUCAAUUAAUUUUUUUUGUAAAGACACACUGUAGAGUACACUUUUGGAGGCUCAGCUUCAGCAGCAUUUCAGAUGUUGGUUAUUUAGGUCCCCUGGAUAGCAUGUCUCUCUCAUAUUUUGUCAGGGCUGUGAUAACCUCUGACCAAGAGCUGUUGUGAUUGGCUGUGUCUAGGUCUAGUGGAGCUUCCCUCUUAUCUGGUUGGCUGCUUUGCAAUGGAUCGGAUUGGCAGAAAGAAGACUUGUGCCCCUGCUCUGCUCCUGGCUGGAGUUGCCUGUAUGCUCAUCAUUGUGGUACCGGCUGUAAGUACCCACAGGGUGAUUUUAUUCCCAAUUAUUAUUCUCAUUUAAAAAAAUGGUUCAAAUUUUAGGGCUAAUGAACUGAACAGGCAUAUAUUCCUUGACCACUUUUGAAAAUUCAAAUAAGUGAGUCACCAAGUUCAAGUUUUUACAGAAGUUUCUCUUAAUAUUGUUAUACUUUCCACAUGAAACCAAACAUAUUUCAUGAAAUAAAAGCAAUUUUUCCUGAUUUAUUACUGCCGGACUUAUGUUUAAGUAAACUUAUUAGGCUGUGCCGUGUAACACCUUUGUUGGUGCUGUAGAUGAUGUAGUCUCAGAGAUGUUGCACAUUGGUUUUCAGUGUUUCCCCUACAUUCAUUCAGCAGCAGCACACCACAUUGAUUUUAAUGAUCUUGUGAAAUUUCACAUUAUCAUUAAUACCAAUGCGCCACUAACGAUUUCUACACAGAACAACACACAACAUUAUUUUCGACUUGUUUUGAGUCAUCAAUGAACACAUCAAAUCCUGUCUGGAGCGCCGCAGCUGCUGAAAAAAAUUCUAGGGGAAACACUGGUUUCUGAGAAGAAGUUUUUAAGCCAUUUGGCCAUAUUGAAAAUGCUGACUCAGUAUUUCAGUCAACUUGUCAAAGAGGUGGAGUUAAGGCAGGACAUUUGCUUACUGGCAGACAACCACACAGACGUAACUGUUAGGUCAGCAGUAGCAAUUUAUGCAAAUUCCUGCACAAAUAUUUUUUAACAUUUUAAUGGAUAUCGUAGUUAUAUAUAAAAAUCAUUCUCUGCACAGUGUAUGCGAAAAAGAAAUAUAGCAAACCAUUUUCUUAUAGUCCAGGCUGUAAACAAGUUUAUUUUUGAUAGAAGACUGGAGAUUGAAAAGGAGACCGCUUUUGCAGCCAGCUUCAAGUGGACACUCAAUGAACUGCAAUUUUUUGCUCUUUUUCGCUGACUUAAUUUUUGUACAUGUAAUUAGAGAUAACAGAAGAGAACUGCUCUAUAAGUUGGAUGUGGAAAUUGACACCUGGAAAUUAAGCAAGAGAGGGAGAGUGAACAGCAGUUGUUAAUCAUUAGAGAAAUAAAGUAAAGAGAAAAUACUGAAGAGACUAUAACUUGGCAUAAUUAAGAAGUGGGACUUUAUUUUAUGAUUGUUUAACAGAAGUAAAGGUCUUAGAAACUUGUAAACCCAUCCACACCUCCUUACAAAUGUGCAAGAGCAUGCUGGAUUAAGUUCUUGCUCUUUGCCCACCAUCACUACAGCUAUCCCCUCAUUCACAGGUUGUCAUAUGUCUUUGUUGAGUCUUUUAGCAUCCAAUGGAAACACACAUCUUACGCUUUCUUGCGUUGCAGACAGACAGGAAGCAGAUGAUUAGAGACAGGGAUCACCUGUCUCCUGUUUAAGACAACAGCUUCACAGAUCACCAAACAUUUCCUCUGGACUGUAAAUGAUGAUUUACAGGAAAUAAUUUGGUUUAGUCAUACAUGCUGUUCAGAAAGAAUCUGAAUUAUUAGGCCUUUUAUUGGUCUUAUUUUUAUUAGCAAAACAAAGCUUUUUUAAGUAACUUGUCUGAACCCUAGUCUCUGUUUUUUUGUCAUGACAUUGCCCUGGGAGGUUAGACCCCUGUUGUCGUAGCUGACCUACAACAAUUGCAGCUCCCGUUUUUGGUGUUCUGAUCCCUGACCCAAAUUAGCUCUGCUUAUGGUUGGGCUGGCAAACAGCUGCUACGUAAUGUCCAAGUAAAUAUGACCUUUGACAUUGAAAGCCACCCUGAGCAGAGCAGUCAACAAACAGAGUUCACUCUGUGAGCAGACCAAAAAAAAAAAAAAAAAACGAGGAGAGAGCACUGCCUGAGUCAUCUAUUUUUUCUUUCUGUACUCAUUGUUUGCACCACUGUUGAAGCAGCCUCUGCAGAGUAAGACCUAAGUUAAGUGUACAUGUAUGUAAGGGCUCACUCUCUGGUGACAUACAUAUAUACAGUAACUCUCAUUGAAAGAACCUGUGGAUGUGUGAGCAAAUAUGCCAUUUUCCCAGCUACAGCAGGUAUGAGAAUUCUUGGUGGAAGGAGGUGUCAAGAAACACAUUAAUGAUGAAGAAUACUUGUUCAGGUGACAGUUGCUUAGUAACAAGACUUUCAUAUAAUGGACCCACAUUCUUUUGUAAUCCAAUGAGACCAGGUCAUAAACAGCUCAGUCCAGCUAGCUCUACAGUUUCAGUGUUUUGAGAAGGAAAGCUUAUCACAGCUGCUUCCUUCCUAGUUGCUACAGUCAUCGAAAGUUACAUUGUUUAUGUAGUUCAGAUAUUUUUUUACUCUCUCAACCACUGGUGUAAAAGUCAUGAAGUGUCAACUAAUCAGUGUGUAUUGAAUUAUGUUUUCCCUUUGAGAGGGGUUUUACACUGUAAGAAAUAGUCACAUAAUUUCUAACAGUUCGAUAAAAUGAUUGCACCCUACUUGUGUCUGCUCAUUAAGUAUAAAACUAAGUCUUUUAGCAUAACCUUGCAUUGAUCGAAAAACAUCUAGCAUGGCUCCUUCCAGGCGUAAUACAUUCCACCACCGCACUUUAAAGUCCCUCUGAUUGUUUUUUUAAUGCUUAAAGUGUUCUCAGUGGUCUUUAAACUGUGAUUAUAAAGUUUUUAGCCAAAAUCACGUUACAUGUGUCAUAUUAAAGGGCUUUUCUUCUGCAGAGCUCCAGUAGCUCAUAAGCAAUUCACCUCUGAGUCGUGGGUGGAGACAGUGCUGCUCUGCACACUCCUCUUCACGCUAGCUUGUAGCCUCACAUUGCCAGUGUAGUCACAGAAACAGGUAACAUAGGAGCUAUUCAGCUCUCAGACAUUAAUGUAUUUGGGGACAUGAUGAAAGUUAAUAUCAUAAUUAGCUUUCUUAGGAGCAUUGCAAUCCGCUUAUGCACAAAUUUGUUCUGCAAUCGUCCUCUCUACUUCUCUCUGUCUGGCCUGCAGAGUGGGGCGCCGAGAGCAGAGCAUGCAAUUGUGACAUAGGAAAUCCCACUGUGUCUAAACCUGCCAUUUGGGUCUGCCAGAGAUUCACAGCGUAUUGAUGGCAGAAAUACGUGAUCUGGAACUCAGAUCACGUCUAAGUUGACUGGAAGUCAAAUUGAGUCAGCAUUUUCAAGAAGGCACUCAUCAUUUUCAUCCAGAAACGAUGAGGCCAUGUCACUAAAAUCAGAUCCAUGUUUUUCACAGUUUUUGAUCUUAUGUCACAGUGGUAUGAUAAUGAUGUAAAUUUGAGCAAGGUGUUUUGGGGUGCAGGGUGUUGCUUCUUUUGCUGCUUAUUUCUAAUUAAUUUAUCAUUUACAUGUUUAGUGUUAAUGUCUGUACAAAACAUGAUCUAAUCGACCUCUUUACCACCUUAUUCCACAGGACAUUGAGUCUCUGGCCAUUGCUUUGAGUAUGAUAGGAAAGUUUGCUAUUGCCAUUGCCUUUGGUCUUAUCUACCUGUACACCUGUGAGCUUUACCCAACUAUCAUCAGGUAAAAUAAUACAGUCUCAAAAGACAAACAUAAAACAUUUGAAAUACUCAUACAGACUCAUAAAUUAGAUAUCUAAACCACAUCUUUCAGCAGAUUUGAAACUUUUUCCAUUAUUUAAAAGUAACUUUUUGAUUGAACUGUACUUGUAAUGUGAUCUCCCUCAGGUCUCUGGCAGUGGGUAGUGGCAGUAUGAUGUGCCGAGUUGGCAGUGUGGUCGCCCCAUUCUGUGUGUACCUUGCUGAUGUCUGGGUCUACCUUCCUCAGGUACACUGUUGUAGUUCCUCUCAACUUUUGGUCCUCAUGCAUUGUGUAAAAAUACAUGUAUUAACCUGUAACAUUUUAUCACCUUUGCACCCUGUACUCAUUUGUACCAAGGAUACACAGGUACCAAAACUAACUGUUAAUAUUUUCCCCAUUUAUUCCUGUAAUCUAACCUCUUGCAGCUGAUUGUUGGAAUCUUGGCGUUCAUCAUUGGAGUGUUGACAAUGUUUUUGCCUGAGACCCUUGGCAAGCCUCUAACAACCACCUUGGAAGAGGCUGAAGCUUUGGGACGUGACCCUGGCAAGAAGAGCUCAGCGCUUCGCAGUAAAGACCCAGAGGGUGCGAUGGAGAUGAAUUCACAUUAAGUGGAAGCCUGAGUUUGACACUGCUGGAAACUCACAGAGAGACUCACAGAGAGAAGUUAUCAAAAAAAAGGAAGGAAAAAAUGUUGAGAAAGAAAAGCCUUUUUUUCAGAUUUGUUGUAAUGAUUUUUUAAAAAUACUUUAUUCUGCAAAAUGACCAAUAAUGAUGCUUGAAGGAUCCUCAGACAUUACACAAAUGCUCUUUCACUUUAGAGCUCAGCAAAAUAUCAACCAACCUCAGAAAAGGUGCAAUCACAGCGUUUAUGAAGUACUUGCUUGAGACAAUCAUGUCCUGUGUGUGUGUGUGUGUGUGUGUGUGUGUGUGUGUGUGUGUGUGUGUGUGUGUGUGUGUGUGUGUGACUAAGGAGACAUGAAGGAUUAUAUAAGAUUGUUUCAUUUAUCACAAUUUUCUUCAGUGACAUCUAAGUAGUUUCAGGUAGAAACAGACAAUCGGUGGAUGUACUGUGCAAAAUCCAGAUCUAAAGAGUUUGACCAUUUUCCUUUAGUUUUUCUGCCUAAUAAGUUCAGCCUACCUCUUGAAGAGAUACAUAACUUGGAAAAAUCUGUGUAAAAUCUGCAGGAGUAAGACUUAAGGAGGGAUAAAUUGGAAUCACUCUCAAUUUAUGUUAUUGAGACAACUCACUAAUUGCUUGUAUGUAUCAGAACUGUGCCUCCCUUUCUAGGAUGUACAUAUUAAACUGUGCAGAUGCAACAUUAUUAUAAUUUCUUUAAAGCAAUGGCAUUGACCAUAUUCACACUGCAGGCAUUUUCCUUUGCCGUCACGCUGAGAGGUAAUGUUAAAAUGCUAGUAAGAGUUACAGCUGUGUUAAAUGUUCAUAUUAUAAUUUUGCCACUUUUUGACAAACCAUAACUGCUGAAAUGGUGGAAAAUGUCAUCUAUCCUACUGUCCCCACUGUUAAACAAACCUGACUUCUUCUUUCUGACAAUGUUUGAGUUUAAAGCUAGUCCUCUGGGUUUAGUUGUUAGAACCUCGUCUCUAGCAAUGAUCUGACUGUCAUGGCAUCAGUCUGCUAUUAAAACUACCUGCUGUGAGCACUUGCUAUGUAAUGAUCAAGACCAAGUGUAGGACAUAGCUGUUUAAAAGGCUAGUUAGGUAUAGUGUUACAGGAAUGCAUGAGAAAAGAUAUAGAGCUCUAGGUUUUCUUCUUUAGUUCAUAUGUAGUAGUUGAAUUGUAGCAUUCAGUUGGAAACAGAUUAUAAAUGUAUUGUUUAACUCAAAUUUUGACAGAUUUUCCUCCAGAUUUCACUAUAAAUCAUUUUUAUAGUUGUUCACUGAUUAGGCAGCAGUAAAAUUGUAACAAUUGAUCUACAGGACAUUUACAUAGUUGACACAUGAGACACAGGGGUUCGACAUUUUAGAGGAAUUAAAAUUAAUUCAAAACCUUUCCCCCUUAGAGUGAGGUCCAAGGAAAAUGGUGGCUGUGUGGAUAUGAUGAAUACAGCUAUUCAUCUGACAAUGACAAUGUUUUAUUCCCAAGUGCCUUGUUUUUAAUUUCAUAAAACAAUUGUAAUAUUUUAACCUUUUUCUUGUAAUCUCAGGGCAUCCAAUUUUGGAUAUCACUGUGAAGAUGUUGUAACCUAUACCUACCUUAAUGGUUUAUGACAGUAUCCUCGCAUUAAGGUGCAGUUGCUUUGUAUGAGUGUGUUUGAGUGUGUGUGUGCAUGCGUGUGACAAUAGUUAUCUUAAGUUUUCAAACUAAUUUUACUUUUCAAAUGAUCCAGAUACUGGGUGCCAGUCGGCCAGGUGGCUUAAGCGUGCGGCCUGUGUACUGAGGCCUUGUCACAGUGGUCGCAGGCUGGACAUUUUGCUGCAUGUCCCCCCUUUUUUACAUCGUAUCUGCUCCUCACAUUUUCUGUUUCUCUUCAGCUGUCCUAUCAAAUGCAAAAUGCCAUAAAAAUACUUAUAAAAAAUCCAUAUACUGGACACACUGAGGGAAAUACUUGGAGUAAUACUACAAUACUAUAUUUCAAAGAUCCAGAAUGAUGCUGCAGAAGUGUGGACCAAAGGCAGGGAUGAUUGACAGCAUUACAGUGAAGCUGAAUUCCUCUGCUUCUCAUUUUACGGUGAACGUCUAGUUUGUUUUAUUCACUAUAAAGCCCAGUAUGGUGUUAAAUUUUGAAGGAGGACAAAAGCUGUGACAAUCUGGUGCAGGUGAUGCAUUCAGUUCUGAACACUCAAAUAUCAACUGCAUAUUUUUUAUGAAUUUUUAUCUGUUAGCAUUGUAUUAUUUCAUUUUGGACAAAUAAACAAUUUGAAAAGAAA